AUGCCUUCUAAUGUAGAUUUAUAAUCGAUAUUUGAAAUAAAUUAAGUCACUUAUUAUAAUGAUUAUGGAUAUUUAAGUUCUUAUUAGUAUUAUUCAGCUAAUGCUUUUAGUAUCACUAAGUAAUAAUUAAAUGUAGAUAGUUUAACAAUUAAGAUAACACCAUUUGAUAAUAAUAAUAUUGGGGAAAAAUAUCAAAUUUAUCUUCGCUUGCUUGGUCUAUAUGUGUAAUUGUGCCAAAUAAACUGCAAAUAGUGUGAUUAUAACUAAGUAUGCUUAUAAUGUUUUUCUGGAUAUUAUUAUCAGCAAAAUACAAAAUAGUGUAUACCUUGUGGUAGCAACUAAUUUGUUAAUUAAUUCAACUAGUGCUAAUCAUGUGAUCCAGCCUGUAAAACUUGCAAUGGUCCUAAUCCAAAUAAUUGUUUAUCUUGUAAUAUUGGGCUUUAUUAUAAUUAAACCACAUAAUAAUGCAUUUGUGAUACAACCUGUAAAACUUGUGAUGGCCCAAAUCCUAACAAUUGCUUAUCUUGUAGUCCUGGACUCUAUUAUAAUUAAACUACAAAACAAUGUAUUUGUGAUCCAACAUGUAAAACUUGUGAUGGCCCAAAUCCAAAUAAUUGCUUAUCUUGCGUAAUUGGAUUGUAUUAUAACUAAGCCACAAAAUAAUGUAUUUGUGAUCCAACCUGUAAAACUUGUGAUGGCCCAAAUCCAAAUAAUUGCUUAUCUUGCAGUCCUGGAUUGCAUUAUAAUUAAGCCACAAAAUCAUGUAUUUGUGAUCCAACCUGUAAAACUUGUGAUGGUCCAAACUCAAAUAGCUGUUUAUCCUGCAAUCCUGGAUUGUAUUAUAAUUAAGCCACAAAAUCAUGUAUCUGCGAUUCAACUUGUAAAACUUGUGAUGGCCCAAAUUCAAAUAGUUGUUUAUCUUGUAUCUCUGGAUUAUACUAUUAGUAAACUGCAAAACAAUGUGUAAAAUCCUGUAAUGAAAACUAAUUUUAAAAUUAGUUAUUAUAGCUAUGUUAGGCAUGUGAUAAUACUUGUGCAAGUUGUGAUGGAAAUAGCUCAAAUAAUUGUUUAAGUUGUUAUCCCAACAGCUUUCUCUACAACAAAAAUUGUGUUAGCCUUUGUCCAAAUGGGUUUUAAAGUAAUUUUACUGCUCUCACAUGCGAUUCAUGCUAAAAUUAUUGGAGCCCAUAAUGCAAUCCUUGCUAUGCCAACUGUAAACAAUGUGAUUAGUCAUAAAUUUAAAAUGAAUAAUGCCAGACUUGCUAUAAUGAAACAAGAUAAAUAGAUGUUUCAAGUAAAAGAUGCAUUUGCAAAAACUAAAAUGAUUAAAGGAAAAUAUUUUAUUAAUGCAGCUAUGAAAAUAUUGCUGUUAUUGAUGCAAAAUUAAGUGCUACAUCUCCAUAACUUAGUAUUGAUUUUGGAUCUCCAUUGAUGAAUAUCAUAUCAAAUACACCUUAGUCUUUAUGCUCAUAAAUAUUUGACUAAGCAACAUUAGGCAUACUCGGGUUAGAUUCUUAAUGCAAAAUCAAUAUGAAUUAAAUUUUGGUUAAUUUAAGUGACUCAUCGACAAUCAUAGAGAAUAAUUCAAUUAAUUUUUUGCCAAAUAAACUGCAGUUUAUAGAUUAUACGGAUACAUUUAUUAACACAUUUUAUAGAAACGUUACUUUCUAAGAUUUCCCUGGAGUUUCUUAACUUUAAUUUAGCUAUAAUCACAUAGAAAACAGCUGUAAUCCUAUAAAUAUAACUCUUUAUAGUAUUCAAAACGAUGCAGGAAGAAAAUUUAUGAGUCUUAAUUGGACUUUAAAUCAAAUUGUAGGCUCCAUAAGCAGCGAGUAGUAAGAAAGUAUACAAGAAAUAUUAUUAAAAGCAAGCUAAAACAAAAACACUAGUUUGAUUAUAGGCCCUAAAUUCUUACCACCAAAUAUUAACAUAACAAUAUAAUUUAGUUAUUUACUUAAGGUUAACUAAGCUGGUACUUAAAUGUUCACAAUUAUUUAUCAAAAAUAAAAAUUUAUAAGAGUCAACUAUUAGCAAUCUUUGUACCCACCAAUUUAUAGAUCUAUGAGCUUGACUUUCUACUUUUAAUUUUACAUAGAGACAUGCGAGUUAGGCCAAAUAACUUCUUUUAAUGAGCCUAUUGAUUUACAACUAGUUUCUAACCAGCUUUAAAAGUAAAGCCUAAGUCAAUACAAUUAAUCAAGCUUUCAAUAUGACAUUCUCCCUUACUCCUUAGCAUCUAACUAAACCUUUAAUAUGAGUUUGAUUUUGAAUUUGAGUUCAGAUAGUAAGAUUGUUGCCAUCUAAAAUAUAUCAGUUUAUAUUUAAAUUACAGAUUUGUAUCUGCAAAUUAUUGGAGGCUCAAGUCUAAAUUUAGGCUAUUAAAAUAAAAUGGUGUUGAAUACAGAUUCGAGGGAUUAUGAAAUCCAAGAUCCAAAUUCAGCUUCAAAUAUCAACUUUAGUUGGAAAUGUAAUAGCCUAUCCUCUAAUGACCAUAUCUGCUAUGAUUACUAGAAUAAGUAGAUUUAAUUGCAACAAGGGGCCAGUAGUAUUACGUUUCCUGCUAAAACCUUUUAGCCAUACACUAUAAUUUAGUUUACAGUUUUUGGAUAAAAAGAUUCUAGGCAAUCAAAUUUUACGACAACCUGUAUAUUCACAGAAUUAGAUAUUCCUCCACUAAAUAUUUUAACAGCAACACACAUUAACCGAAAAAUUAAUUUGAAUGAUGAUCUUAAUUUUUAAAUAAAUUAUGGUGAGAAUGUUUCAUCAGAUUAAUUGUCUUAUGCAGGAGCUAUAUUAUAUAAUAAUGAUCCAGUUGCAGCAAUCAAAUUUGAUUAUUUCCAAAUUAGAUUCAGAAUUUGGAACUAUUUUUAAAAUAUAAAUCCCUCAAAGCCAACACUUUAAAUAAGAUUUUCU